AUGCCAUUCACAACUCCCUCAUACAUUCCCAAGCUUCCUUUCGAUCCCCCGGACUCUGUUCCAAUCCAUGAAUUUCUGUUCAGUGGUGGAGACGAGUAUGGGCGUUACCCAAUCGUGGAUUCUUUACCGCCAUUUACUUGUGGCAUCACUGGAAAAUCUCACUCUGCCGCUAAUGUCAAGGACCGUAUAGAAUGGCUUUCGGCUGCUCUCGCAUCAGAAUUGGGCUUUGAUGUCAAUAAUGGGAGCGAGUUUGACAAAGUCAUAGGACUGUUUAGCUUCAAUACAAUCGAUACUAUGCUCGUCUCAUGGGCAGCACAUCGAUUCUCGGGAAUUUCAUCACCGAUCAGCCCCUCAUAUUCGACAGCCGAGCUCACGAGACAACUCAAAGCGGUCAAAUGCAAAGCACUUUUCACAUGUGCUACACUAUUUCCCACAGCCCUCGAGGCGGCUCUCGCGGCGGGCAUUCCCAAGGCUCAUGUAUACUUGCUGGAGAUCCCCGAGAAAGCGCUGAAAGGCGCCAAUGUGCCAUCGGAUAUCAAGGUCAAGGUGCCCGUCAGGCGGCCUUCUUAUGCUCUUCCAGUGGAACAUCUGGGCUGCCAAAAUAUUAUCGCAGAUACGCUGCAACUCAGUAUAUACGAAUCAAACUACAAAAGUGGAAAGCCAGAGUCUUUACUUGCUGUACUCCCCAUGAGCCACAGUUACGCCCUGAUUGUUACAGGGCAUGCUGGAGUGUAUAGGGGCUACAAUGCAGUUGUGUUGCCAGGGUUUGACCUCAUUGAUGUGCUCGAAGCAGUACAGAAGCAGCACAUAGAAACGCUUUGGAUGGUUCCCCCGAUGGUCGUGGCCUUGAUUAAGAACUCAGAGAUUACUGAGAAAUACAAUCUCAAACACGUCAAAAGUACUAUAGUUGGCGCAUCAAAUCUCACAAAGGAGGUCAAUGAACAGUUUACUCACCUUUUCCCUAACUGCCAACUUAUCCAGGGGUAUGGCCUCACCGAAACUUCAGUAGUAGUUUCCAUGCAAAACAGAGCAGAUAUCAUGUUUGGCUCUUGUGGCCACUUUAUUCCAGGCUACGAGGGCCGACUGGUGGAUCGAGAUGGCGAGGAAGUGACGGAGCUAGACACGCCUGGAGAGCUUCUUUUGCGAUCGCCAACAAUAAUGCUGGGAUAUCUCGAUAAUGAAAAAGAGACAAAAGAAGCAUUUACGAGUGACAAGUGGCUACGAACCGGUGACUUGAUGGAAAUCCGUAAAAGCAACGAUGGUCAUGAACAUCUUUUCAUCGUCGAUCGAGUCAAAGAGCUCAUCAAAGUUAGGGGUAUGCAAGUUUCUCCGACCGAGAUCGAAGCUCUUCUUUCUAGUCAUCCGUGUGUCGCAGAUGUCUGUGUCGUUCCACUUCCUCACGACAUCGCUGGCGAACUGCCACUCGCGUUUAUCGUGCGGACACCAGCCGGCAAAGAAGAGGACGAGCGCGCACUGAAACAGAAGCUCCACGAAUUUGUUAAUGCAGAGCUGGCAGACUACAAGCACCUAGCUGGAGGUAUCGAAUUCCUUGAUCUGCUACCCAAGUCUGCGAGCGGAAAGACCAAGAGGGGAGAGAUGAAGGAAAGAGCUAGAAAGAUGGCUGAUUUGAGCAAGGCGAAGAACACACCCAGAGUGCUACAAGUCUAUGUAUAUGAGACGUCUUCUGACGAUGAUAGUGAUGAUGACGAGUGA